AUGCCGUGCGCACAGCGGAGCUUCCCCCAGCGCUACAAGGAGGCAUACACUACGGAACUCACAGAGUUUAUUACGAUGGUGCGCGCUGGGCGCAGCAGCGACCAGUACCACCUCGAGCAGGAAGCGAUUCUGCGCCACUCGAGCAUCGCGCGCAUUACGGUCGCCGCAGAGUUGUCGUGGAAGCUCGGCCGGUCGGUGGACUUAAGGGACUUGGAGGGCUUGCUCGCUGAAAAGGACGAGGGCGAACGGGGAGCUGACGCCGAGACUUGGAGAACUCGCGGCUCCGGGAGCGAUUUAGGCGUUAAGUGUCGCAGCAUGCAGUCCAGAGGGAAGUGGAUCGCGUAUCUUUGUUGA